UCGACCAAAACCAAGUGAGUUGGGAGAGAGAGAGAGUAGCAUAAAAACAACUCAAAAGGUGUAAUUCUUCUUUCCAAUGGGUGCCAGGCUAACAUGGAUUCUUCUCAUAACUCAUAAUCAUAGAGUAUGCAACCAACAAGCCGAAGGGGUCUUCUCAAAUCCCAUUUAGUUUUGAUUCUUAAUAUCAUUAACUCUUCUGAUCAUUGUUCUCCCCUUCGCCGCGCUCUUUAAAUCAACACCCACCACCGUCCACGGCGGCUCACGACGGCCAUAUCUCAAUUGAGGCGAUUUUUUGUUUAUUUGGGUUUCUCAAUCAUCGCAACCCCAUCAUCGUUUUUGUUGUUGAAACCAGAAAUUCUGGCUUGCUUCUCAAGAAACACCUUAUUUGAUUCAUGGGUUUUGCUUCUUCUUCUCAGUGAUGGAGCUAAGGAAAAACUGGUAUGAUUCUAACUUCUGGGUGGUGUUUUUUUGGUUAUUGAUGUUGUUUUCGUGCUCUGUCUCGUAUGAAGAUGCCGAUUCUUUUAGUGGGUUUGUUCAUAAAUAUGCCAAUAACUCUGAAUCAAAGCCUAGAACAGGGGUUUUAUAUAACAUCACUCUGCCUUCAAAUUUUUCUGGGAUUCAAGUUUCUUAUAUUAGAUUAAGGAGUCGCAGUUUUUGGGUUAGAGGAGCAAAUUUGAGAUGGGUUUCUUUUCCUCCAAGAAUCACUUCAAUCCCUCGUGUAAAGAGAAUAGCUAUAAUCUUUGAGAAUUUGGGGAAUUGGUCAUCAAAUUUCUAUAAACUGCCUGGUUAUACUCUUGUUGCUCCUGUAAUUGGGUUCACUGUUUAUGAUUCUUCUUCAAAUUCAAGCACAUUUAGCAGCCAAAAGCUCCAUCUACGCAUAACAGGAACAAACCCCAUUUUGGUGAUGUUUCCUAAACUAAAAUUGGGAGAAAAUGGUGAGAUUAAGCCACAAUGUGUGAGGUUUGGAGCUGGUGAGGCUUUUGAAUUGAAGAACAUGACAGGGCCAAGCUUGUGUUCUGCUACUGAUUAUGGCUAUUUUUCUCUUGUCAUUCCAAAUCCAAAGGAGAAGAAGAAGAAGAAAGGCAUGUUGUGGGCAUGGUGGGUGGCUGGGUUUGGAGGUGGGUUGGCUGUGUUAGCUUUGAUGGGUUUAGCUUUAGUAGCAAUUUUGAGGUUUGUGAGGAGGAAAAACCUUAAGGAUAUGGAGAAAGAGUCUGAAUUUGGGGAGAGUUUCGAUACUAUUUGGAUCGGAAAAAGUAGAAUGCCUUCUGCUUCAAUGGUAAGAACACAACCUGCUCUUGAAGAUAGCUAUGAUUCUUGAUUUCUUUCAUGUUUGUACAUCUGUUCUUGAUGUGUUCUAACAGAUGUGUUCAUAGCUUCACAUCGUUUCAAUAAGAUCAUUCUUAAGUUAUACUGAUUUGUUCGAUUUUUUGUUCUUCAUAUCGUUUCGAUGCAACUGAAGGUAUUGAAAAUCGAGGUGUGUUCAAUUCGAACGACGAACAGUUGCUUAGCUGUUUCUUUUUGGUUAGGGACUCGAUAUAAACAGUUGCUUAGCUAUUUGUUUUGGGAGAGUUUUAUAUGUGUUCAUAGCUUCACAUCAUUUCAAUAAGAUCAUUCAUAUUAGUGUUUCAACUACUAAAUUAUACCAAUUUGUUCGAAUUUUUGUUCUUCA